AUGAAUUUUUUUCGUUGCAAUUGCACCAAUAUCGAAUAGGGAUUAGACAUACCUAAUAGUAAUCUCUUCAUUGAACAAAUUAUCUUGCAUUCGAUGAACUAGGAUAAGGUUAUAUCUUUGACAAUGGAUGUAAAUGUGAUUUUGGAAGGAUUCAAGUUAAACAGGAAGAAGGAUUGUCUUUAUUUACAAAAUCUAAAGGAAUUCAAAGAGGAUCUGCAUUACACAUUGACCAAAUUGAAUCAAUAGUUUUAGAUCCCUUUAAACAAUUAGGACGACAGUAGUUAAUAAUUUUAUUUAAAUUUAAACUUGUAUGUGUAUGAAGGCUGUUAUAAAUUAUUAUACUUAUAAUAAAAGGACUCUUACUACCGAAAGGAUGAUUUCCUUUAUGGAGAAUGGGAAAUCAUGGGGUCAACUCAAGAUAUUCAGAUAGAAUUCAUAUAGGAUAAGACUAAUUAGGGGUAAAAUAAUCAUUUACUUAGAGAUCUCACAAAUUACGCUCAAAAUCAACACACAGAACAUAAUAUCGAAGACGAAAACCCCAAGAUAAUGUACUCGAUAAGCAAGACACCCAAAUUAAAAAGAAAGCGCUGA